AAAAAGGAACCAGCCUUUCAUCACCACGGCCAGUUGUUAUAAAUAUCUGGGAAAAAAUCCCCUUCUUCCCAUUCCCCUGCUCCAACUCGACUCCCCUCCAUGACUGUACCGAGUGCAUAGAUCAACAAAAUCAGAGAGAAGCUCUAAGAAAAAUGUCGGCAGUUAGCGUAGAGCCUUUCCUUCGAUACCCUCGCUUUGAAAAGCCCGGAUUUGCUCGUAGCAGGAGAAAGGCUGCUAUAACUGUCACUACUGCUGCUCUAUUCAAAUCUCCUUCGUCUUUUAAUUGUUGCUGUUCACUAAUACCAAGACGAAAACUCCUGUCAAAUGCCUCCUCCUUCCCUUUUCUUGACCUUCAUAGGGUCAAAACCCACACGGCUAGAGCUAGCUCCACCGAUACGGCUGUUCUUGAAUCCACUAAUGAUGUCGUAUUCAAAGAGACCUUCCCUCUUUCGCGUACUGAAACGACUGAAGGAAAGAUUUUUGUAAGAUUAGAUCAGAGUAAGGCCAAGGAGAAGGAGGAUCAAUGGCAGCAGCUUACUGUUGGGUGUAGCCUUCCAGGGAAAUGGAUUCUUCAUUGGGGUGUUUCUUAUGUCGAUGAUACUGGCAGUGAAUGGGAUCAACCUCCUGAGAAUAUGAGACCCCCUGGUUCGAUUCCUGUAAAGGACUAUGCCAUAGAGACGCCGUUAAAGAAGGCAUCAGAAGGAGAUAAGUUUCACCAAGUGAAGAUUGAGAUUGAUCCCAAAAGUCCCGUUGCAGCCCUGAAUUUUGUUUUGAAGGAUGAAGAAACUGGAGUUUGGUAUCAGCACAAAGGGAGAGAUUUCAAGGUGCCUCUCGUGGACUGCUCGCUCGAUUCUGGCGGUGGAAACGUCAUAGGAGCAAAGGGGGGCUUUAGUAUGUGGCCAGGGACAAUGCUUUCUAACAUGUUCCUCAAAGCAGAUGCAUUGGCUUCUGAAGGUAAAGAUAGCAGCAGCAGAUCCAAAGACCCUAAACAAGAAACUAGGAAGGUAGAAGGAUUCUAUGAAGAGCUGCCCAUUGCUAAAUUUGCCGUGAUUGAAAACUCAGUGACUGUUUCAGUUAGCAAGUGUCUCAAGACAGCCAAGAAUCUUCUCUAUUUAGUAACUGAUCUACCUGGAGAAGUUGUUGUUCACUGGGGAGUUUGCAGAGAUGAUGCUAAAAAAUGGGAAAUUCCGGCUGCUCCACAUCCACCAGAAACAACUGUGUUCAAGGACAAGGCUUUGCGGACUGUGCUACAGGCAAAAGAGGAUGGAAAUGGACGUUCAGGGUCAUUUACUUUGGACGGAGACCUUGUAGGCUUCCUUUUCGUUCUCAAGCUAAAUGAAAGCACUUGGUUGAAUUGUAUGGGAAAUGAUUUCUAUAUCCCUCUCCCAAUCUCAAGUAGCCUUCCUGCUCUAUCAGGAACCGGACAAUCUGAAGUUCCACCAGUAUCUGAAAACACUGUAGGAGCAGAUCAAGAAGUUUCUCAUGCUAUAUAUACUGAUGGUAUAAUUAAUGAAAUACGGAGCUUAGUUAGUGACUUUUCCUCUGAGAAGAGACAGAAGACAAAAACAAAAGAAGCACAAGAAAGCAUUCUCCAAGAAAUUGAAAAAUUGGCUGCUGAAGCAUACAGUAUCUUCAGAAGCUCAAUUCCAACUUUUAUGGAUGAAACUGCUCUGGAAUCCGAGGCAACAGAGGCUCCUAAAAUAUGCUCGGGAACUGGCACUGGUUAUGAAAUAUUGCUCCAAGGUUUUAAUUGGGAAUCCCAUAAAUUGGGACAUUGGUACAUGGAGCUAAAACAAAAAGUUGAAGAAAUAUCGUCCCUGGGAUUCACUGUGAUUUGGUUGCCCCCACCAACAGAAUCUGUGUCACCUGAAGGUUACAUGCCAAAAGAUUUGUAUAAUCUUAACUCCAGAUAUGGAAAUAUUGAUGAGCUGAAGGAUCUUGUGAAGAGAUUCCAUGGAAAGGGUGUUAAAGUUCUUGGAGAUGCUGUUUUGAACCAUCGUUGUGCACACUACAAGAAUGGGAAUGGUGUAUGGAAUAUUUUUGGAGGCCGCUUGAAUUGGGAUGACCGGGCAGUUGUUGCAGAUGAUCCACAUUUUCAGGGUAGGGGAAACAAAAGUAGUGGAGAUAAUUUUCAUGCUGCCCCAAACAUUGAUCAUUCACAAGAAUUUGUGAGAAAGGAUCUCAAAGAAUGGUUACUCUGGCUAAGAAAAGAGAUCGGGUAUGAUGGAUGGAGGCUUGAUUUUGUGAGAGGAUUUUGGGGUGGUUAUGUGAAAGAUUACUUGGAUGCAAGUGAACCUUAUUUUGCUGUUGGUGAGUAUUGGGAUUCCCUCAGUUAUACAUAUGGUGAAAUGGAUCACAAUCAAGAUGCACAUCGGCAGAGAAUUGUUGACUGGAUUAAUGCCACCAGUGGGACUGCUGGUGCAUUUGAUGUCACCACAAAAGGGAUUCUUCAUACGACACUGGAAAGGUGCGAGUAUUGGCGAUUAUCAGAUGAGAAAGGAAAGCCUCCUGGGGUUGUCGGAUGGUGGCCAUCUCGUGCUGUUACCUUCAUAGAAAAUCAUGACACUGGUUCUACCCAGGGUCAUUGGAGAUUUCCCGGUGGAAAAGAAAUGCAAGGAUAUGCUUACAUCUUGACUCAUCCAGGAACACCAGCAGUGUUCUAUGAUCACAUAUUUUCUCAUUAUCAAUCUGAAAUCGCAGCUCUCAUCUCUCUAAGAAACCGGAACAAAAUCCACUGUCGGAGCACUGUUAAAAUUACCAAGGCGGAGAGGGAUGUGUACGCGGCCAUCAUCGAUGAGAAAGUGGCUGUGAAAAUUGGACCGGGUCAUUACGAACCGCCAAGUGGGCCCUACAGGUGGUCUUCAAAAAUCGAAGGGAGGAAUUACAAGGUCUGGGAAGCAUCUUAAAAUAUCCAUUUUAGUAUUGGUAAGUGUGUGAUCAAGAAAGUGUCCGCCUGGACAAGUCCGCAGAAUUAUAUUUCGGCAGAAUUAUAUUUACCAAGUAAAAGAACAGCAGAACAAGAAAGUCUAAUAAUAGUUCACCAGGGUGGUUUGCGCGCAACCAAAUGAAGUUAAAUCCCCAUUCUUGACUUGACA